CGUCGACGUCCUGCACGCAGCGUUUCGCCAUUCCGGCUCGUCCCAGAAUGCACCGCGAGCUCUGCAGCAUAUUGACAAAGACAACAGGGCUGGAGAGCAACAACAAGAGGAAGAGGAGGGUGGGAUCAGCUCUGAUGGUACACGAACCCGAGUUGACGACAAGUACCUGAGGCGAUGAGAGCGGGAAGUGCCAUUUCCACCUAACGGGAGUUUACACAGCUUGACAGUUUGUGGAGAGAGGGGUGGGGGGCCCAGGCAGACCGUGGACGGGGAAGGGGAAGAGCUCAGCUGGAGCCAAUGCAGCAGCAGCAUCGACAGCCUGAGCUGGUGGAAGGAAGCCUUCCCGUGUUCGUGUUCCCCACUGAGCUCGUCUUCUACGCAGAUGAGCAGACGUCUCACAAGCAGGUGCUCACCCUCUACAACCCCUAUGAGUUCGCUCUCAAGUUUAAAGUGCUGUGCACAGCGCCAAACAAGUACACUGUGGUGGAUGCCACCGGAGCCGUCAAGCCACAGUGUUGUGUUGACAUAGUAAUCAGACACAGAGAUGUGCGGGCAUGCCAUUACGGGGUGUACGACAAGUUUCGACUGCAGGUGUCGGAGCAGAGUCAGCGGAAAGCUCUGGGUCGCAAAGAGGUGACAGCCACACUCCGUCCCUCGGCCUCACAGGAGCCGCCUAGCCCCCGGCCCCAAGAUGAGGAACGCAGAAUCAGAGAGCAGUUUGCAGACAGCGAGUUUUUUGAACAGACUGCAUUUCAGACAGAGAGCCGUCCUGUUGCUGGAGGCCCCAGUCUGCUGACGGUGCUGCUUGGGCUGGUGUGUAUGGCCGCCCUGAUGCUCCCGACGCUGGGCGAGCAAGAAUCUACUGUGCCUGUCUACCUCCACUUAAGUGUUAACAAGAAACUUGUAGCUGCUUAUGUUCUUGGUCUUCUUACAAUGGUCAUCCUGCGCACAUGACGUGCUGUGAGCUGCGAGGAGGAGUGAAAAUGAUCUAAACAGGAGAACAUUCUCACACCGGAGGCACUGCUACGCUUCAAUGAGUACUGACAGCAGGGGGACGGGGUACUAAGUCAAGUCACCCGAGACCCUGAAAAAUACAGUUUAGUAUACUUGUUUUCAAAUCCACAUACUUGUGUGAAUACAUACACAAUGCCGAACCGAUGCAAAAAGUGUAGACCUCCAGUGUGAAUGUCAAAGGUAGUGUGAGAAGAGCUGCCCCCUGAGCAGGGCCCGUGAAGCAACAUGCGGCCAUUCAAAGUGUUGGCUGGCCUCAUGUUCCCUGUGUCUGUAUUUUUAUUGCCAGUACGUAACAGAAUAUGGUUAACUUGAGUGUGAAGGACGUGCGAACGUGAUACGUGUACAUAAAAGCCAUUACAGUUUCGUUAUGGUAUUCACUUGUAACCAUCAUUAUAUUGAUGUUUUAAAGCAUUUUUUGUGUAGACUGAGGACUAAAUGCAGUUAUUUGCAUGUGUGGAUACAUUAUCUGGAAGAGUUUUUAUUUGUUUCCAGCAGUGCGAUACUUUUACAUGUCACCAAAGGAAAGAUCUUCUUCUGAAGACCGUGGUUUGUUUGCCGUACUAUAUCAAUGCUUCAUUGAACGUUUAAUAAAGUCUCAAUACAGCA